AUGGUCAACCUCAAGUCGAUCUUUUCAAAUACUUCACCUGCUCCUCCAUUAAGAGUUGCAUCACCAAAAAAGGGAUGUAGUUGCAGUUCGAAAAAGUCAAAGUCCGAUUCAUGUUGUAAAGCUGAACCAAAAUCUUCUGGAAAGUCCUGCUGUAAAACAGAGUCUACAAUGGCAUCAAAGCCACUAAUGGCGGAAACAACAGGGUCAUCAUCAUCAUCAACUUCAUUGAAUUCUGAGGUUAAAUUGUGUUGCAGGGGAAGCUCUGAAGCAAAUGAAGAUGAAGUUAUACAGGAUACCGAUGCCUUGGUAUUAUCCAAACAUCCUGAUCAUCCGGCAAAUUUGAUUUGCGAGUUUUGUAGAAUAUUUUACAAUAAUGGUUGGGUCACCGGCACUGGUGGCGGAAUCACGAUCAGAGACAAUGAUUAUGUUUAUCUAGCACCAAGUGGGGUACAGAAGGAACGCAUCCAACCAUUAGAUAUUUUUGUCAUGUCUCUCGAAACUCAAAAGUAUCUCAGAAAACCAUUGCAUUACAAGCCAUCCGCAUGUACACCGCUAUUUAUGGCUGCAUACACCAUGAGAAAUGCUGGCGCAUGUAUUCAUACUCAUUCCCAAAAUGCAGUUAUGUGCACCUUGUUGUUCGACAAAGUAUUCGAAAUUUCAUCUAUUGAACAAAUAAAGGCGUUGCCGAAAAUAGUCGAACAGGGGAACAUGUGGUAUUCUGAUAAAUUGGUGAUUCCUAUAAUCGAAAACACCGAAAAGGAGGAGGAUCUUGAAGCAUCUUUACGCAAGGCAAUUGCAGAGUAUCCAGCUGCAACCGCCGUAUUAGUCAGAAGACACGGCAUAUAUGUUUGGGGUGAAACGGUAUGGAAAGCCAAAAUUUACAAUGAAGCCAUCGAUUAUCUACUGGAAUUAGCUGUUAAGAUGAAACAAAUGGGUAUUCCAACUGUCAAACUUGAUUAG